ACAGUGGUGUUUGAUUGUGUGGAGUCCAUUAGAGAUAAUGAGUUCGACUCUCACAAACCAUCCUCUGCAGUGCUCAAUCGUCACCAAUUCAGGCGAGGAGGCCAACCCCGAAAUCAAUUUUCCCGCCAAAUUCCAACGGUCAUCUUUCUCAACGGUCAAGUUUCGCGCCGACAAGCCCAACGACCAUGCUUCUUCAGAUGUAGCGGUUUCAUUUAGCAGGAGGAGAGGGCUAAUAUGCAUAGCCACGUUACCAUGUCUUCUUCCCCUAAGUCAGAUCAUAGGUUGUCUCCGAGCCAACGCGAUGCAGCCAGGUACAAAGAAAAUAUAUCUUCUCAUUAAAGAUGAGGUGAGGAAGGUAUUGUCAAAGGGAAAGGCUGCAGGCGUGCUUCGUUUGGUUUUCCACGAUGCUGGAACCUUUGAAAUCGAUGACAAUACAGGUGGUAUGAAUGGUUCUAUAGUCUAUGAACUUGAAAGACCUGAAAAUGCUGGCCUGAUAAAAUCAGUAAAGGUUCUGCAGAAAGCAAAGACUCAGAUAGAUGCUAUCCAACCAGUAUCCUGGGCGGAUGUGAUUGCUGUGGCUGGAGCUGAAGCAGUUGAAGUAUGUGGAGGUCCACCUAUCCAAGUUUCACUGGGUAGACUAGAUUCGCAGAGGCCUGAUCCUGAAGGAAGACUUCCUGAGGAAUCUCUCAGUGCUUCUGACUUGAAGAAAUGCUUCCAGAGAAAAAGUUUUUCAACGCAAGAACUUGUAGCUUUGUCUGGAGCCCACACUCUUGGAAGUAAAGGUUUUGGAAGCCCAACUUCAUUUGACAAUUCAUAUUAUAAGAUUCUUUUGGAGAAGCCAUGGAUGUCUUCUGGUGGUAUGUCGAGUAUGAUUGGCCUUCCUUCAGAUCACGCACUUGUUGAGGAUGAUGAAUGCUUAAGAUGGAUUAAAAAAUACGCAGACAAUGAGAAUAUGUUCUUUGAAGAUUUCAAAAAUGCGUAUGUCAAGCUGGUGAAUUCUGGUGUGAGGUGGAAUAGCGUAUAAAUUCAGGAGUUGACUGUUCCAACUUCCACUCAAGGAGCAACUUGCUUUUUAUUGAUUUGUUCUAGUGUUUAUGUAAAGUUGCCAUGAAGUUUUGGGAGCUGCAUUAUAUUUUGAACAUCAAAAUCUACUACCCCUAAAAAAUUAACCUAUGCAUUGUGUACAUGCAUGCAAGUCAUUAACUUUUCAUGUCAUUUAAACUUGAUGUAUGAACCAAACACCCUUGGCACAGAUGGUAAGAAGUGAGAAGUC